AUGGCGCCCCCUAUCCACAUCAAAGAGAAGCGCUCCCUCCCCGACAACUGUCGGUUGCAGAUCAUCAUCAUCGGCGCCGGCCUCGCCGGCCUCGGCACCGCCAUCUCCUGCCUCCUCGCUGGACACGACGUACACGUCCUCGAAGCGACGCACGAGAUCCGCGAAGUAGGCGCCGGUAUCCAAGUCCUCCCGAAUAGCUCAAGAGUGCUCAAACACUGGGGUCUAGAACCCGCUCUCACACCACACAUGACACACCCGCGCGUCUGCAACUUUCUACACUGGAAGGGCGAGAUCAUUUCCAGCUUGAGUUUCGUUGACUCGGCGAAGCAGUACCCGGGCACGUGGUAUCGCGAUUUCCACCGCGCGGAUUUACAGCGCUGUUUGCUUGAAAGGGCGGAGGAGUUGGGAGCGAAGAUUACCUGCGCUGCUAGGAUUGUGGAUAUUGUUCCGGAUGAGGAUGGGGCUAUGGCGACGGCGGUGGCGAGUGAUGGACGCUCGUGGAGGGGGGAUCUGGUUGUUAGUGCUGAUGGGGUGUUUGGGAAGUUGACGGAGGUUAUGUUGAAGAGGCCCGAUCCACCCAUUAAGACGGGGGAUCUGGCGUAUCGGUUGUUGUUGUCCACGGAGGAGAUGUUGAAGGAUCCGGAGUUGAGGGGGUUUGUGACGGAUCCUCAGGUCAAUUAUUGGUUGGGGCCGGAUAAACAUGCUGUGAACUAUGUCCUGCGACAAGGGGAACUUUUCAAUAUGGUGCUGCUUGUGCCUGAUGAUAUCCCCGAGGAGUCGUUGGCUUCGACGGUCGAGGGUAAUGUGCAGGAGAUGUGUGCUUUGUUUGAGGGAUGGGAUCCGAGGAUCCAAAAACUCCUCAAGCUCUGCCAAUCCGUGCAUAAAUGGCGUCUAUGCAUCCGCUUCGGCGAUUACGACUGGACACAUCCUUCCGGGGCAUGGGUCAUGCUAGGCGACUCGGUGCAUGCUACACUUCCCUAUCUUGCUUCUGGUGCAGGAAUGGCCUUCGAAGACGGCGCCGUGCUCGGUGAAUGCCUCUCCCGUCUCCCAUCGGGCCCUAACGUCUCGAAAUCCUCGCCCGAGUUCAUCGCCGCUAAGCGUCACGCUCUGGCCGUAUUUGAGAAAUGUCGCAAGCAGCGCACGCAGAUGGUUGUGGAACGGGGAAAUAAACAGCAGUAUCUGUAUCAUUUGCAUGAUGGGCCUGAGCAGGAGGAACGGGAUCGGAAGAUGCGCAUGGUGCCGACGCCUGAAGGGGAGGCGCUAGCGUGGAGAGACCCGGGUUUGGCGCCGAAGUUGUUGGGAUAUGAUCAUAUUGCGGAUGUGGAUGCGAAAUGGGACACAGUGGGGGAGAAGGCGGAGAUGGAGGUGGAGGUAGCGAGGCUGUGA